ACUUCUUCGCAUCAGAGGCAGGGCCACUCAUAUCACACCCAUCCUCACCAACGAGACAUCAUGGUCGAGGCUACAGCAAUGACCGCAGAAGCACCACAACAGGGACAGGUCGCAAGCACGUCCUCCACGCCCACCGCCUCUUCUUCCUCUCCUUCCUCUUCGGGACCCGCCAUCGAUCAAUUGGUGCUGGAUGCAGGCCCCCUCCUCGCCCAAUUGCCCCUCCGCGGCCUGGCAAAGAAGUACUACGUGCCUCCCUCGGUCAUGCUCGAACUCAAGGACAAGCACGCCCGAGACCACCUUGAGUUCCUCAGAAUCUCCGGGAUGGAUCUCGAAGUGCGCGAGGCGGGACCCGAGGCCUUGGCAAGGGUUAUCGAAUUUGCAAAGCAGACGGGAGAUUAUGCUGUGCUCAGCAGACCUGACUUGAGCGUCCUGGCCUUGGCCUAUGCGCUCGAGGUGGAGAGACACGGCACUUGGAGGAUACGUAGCAAGCUGGGAGGCAAGACUGGACAGCAGGAGCACGAGGCUCAGAGACUGGCAGAGGCCAAGAAAAUCGACCCCGAGUCCUCUGUCCGAGCCGAACCGACUGCUACGCCAGUGGAAGCAGGGCAAACAACAGAGACUGCAGCAGGCGACAGUGGCGGGGAGGAGGAAGAGGAGCUGGAGAAUGAUGGCGGCGAAGCGGCGGAUGAAGAAGAGAUUGCCGCUGCCAUUGCCAGACUUGACCUGGAGAGAGCGCAGCCUGAAUCUCAGGACAGCUCUCACCGGGCUGAUCUAGGCGAAAGUACAUCCACCUCAGAAGCCGCUCCCCAGCAAGCUUCAACAUCACGCCGGAGCUCCACCUCGUCCUCCAAGUCUCAAGAUGACGAGGAAGGAUGGACCACUGUCCCCUCUUCUUCGCGGCAUCGCCAAGAAGAAAUAGCGGCAGACUAUGGAGGGAGCGAUGGAGAAGGCGAGUGGGUCACCUCGGAUAACAUCCUCACACAAAAGCACCGUGAUCUGGGACUGGUCACAGACGAGGCAAUGACUGCCAUGCGAGGCGAGCCAGCACCAUCUCAUCCUGGCAAGCGCGGCGGCGGCAAGAAGGGCAAAGGCAAGGGCAAAAGCCGGAUGACCGUGGCUACUAUGACGGCUGAUUAUGCCGUGCAGAAUGUACUGCUACAGAUGGGCAUGGCGCUGGUCAGCACAGAAGGACUGAGGAUCGACAAGGUCAGAAGCUGGGUGUUGAGAUGCCAUGCCUGCUUCAAGAUCUGCAAAGACUCGGAAAAGAAGUUCUGUCCCUCGUGUGGUAACCCUACCCUGAUCCGGACAUCGGUCACCUCUGCUGCUCCCGUUUCUUCGUCUUCUGCGACUACGAACAAUGGUCUGCAGCUACAUCUGAAGAAGAACUUCCAGUUCCGCACAAGAGGUACCAAGACUUCGCUUCCCCUGCCCAAGGCCGGCUCUACGACUUCGCUCAAGGACCCACGCAAUGCCAAUCUGAUCUUGCGCGAGGACCAGCCGGAAUGGCAACGGGCGCUGAAUCAGGAGAGAAUCCGUAAGCAAAAAGAGCAGAAGGCUCUGGAGAGGCAGUUGGAAAAGGGCAAGGAUACAUUGAGUGCCCGGUACGAGGAUCCGGACUGGUUGCCUGGGCUGCUGAGCGGCGGUGGAGGAAAGGAGAUGGGCGGGCUGCCAGAUGUGGGCUUUGGCAGGAGGAAUAACAAUCAGGCAAAGCAUGGCAGGAGAAGGAAGUGAGGUUAUACUUGUAUCGAUAUCUCUCCACCGUCGUGGCGCUUUCCACAAAUCUCAACCAGCUAGCACCC